AUGUCUUCUUCCUCUAUAUCACGCAAGAUCCCAUCCCCCCGCGACUGGCAGAAAUGGACCUCCUCCCUCCUAGAGAGAUACCGCAUCAGCGCCAACAAGAACAGCGACAGGAACCUAGCCCUGGUAAUCACAUCCCUUCUUACCAGCGGACUCAUCGGCGGCAGCCUUCUGGCCGUCCUCCGCGCCGCAGCCCUCGACUACCGGACCUACCUGAGCUACGGGUCCGGCGGCCUACCCUACAACCUGUGGGGAUGGUUCCUCUCGGGCGUGGUCUUGCGUCCGCUAGGCACGGACGUCCUCAGCACGGAGCUGUACGACAGAUACCCGAAUAAGAGCAGCUGGUUGCCUGAGGAGUGGCCGCUGGUGAGGAAGCGAGAAGGGCCACGGCCUCGUCUGGGUUCGCAUCCGCUGCCGCAAAGGCAGUUGGAUCAGUUGGCGAGGGGGAAGAUUCAUCAGAAACUCAUCCAAUCCUUCGCCAAACUCGUCGACGACAACCCUUCCCUCAUUCAGUUCAAGCCCUCCGUCCACGAGGGCCACACAGAGAGCAUCUUCCUUGCUGAUGGCGUCCCUGCAUCCCCCAUCGCAGAAAUGAUGCUUCGCGAGAUAUCGCACGUCCAUUCGACGGGCGAUCAUUCAGUGCAUGUAGUGCUAGCGCCGCAGGAUUGCAAAAAAAUCAUACAAUCCGGCUGGGGCCAACGACAUCCCUUGGACGGCGUCAAAUGGCCAACAAAGCUCAUCUUCGGCUGGUCCCUGCCCAAGGAGUAUAUUCUCGUCUAUGCGCCGAGGACGGAGGAAGAGCUACUUAUCUACGUGUUUGUUUCAACUUGUGUACAUGCCCAGCAGGAUCACAGAGCGUUUGGCCGACGCAAGGAGGUCCGGACCGUAGCAGACGCCAGGGGAGCCUCCCCGGCCGCGCCGUACAAUCGAUGGGAACGCCCACGGCUGUCGUGCCCCGGGGGACCGUCUGCGCGGUCCGGAAGGCGUUGGCGUGGCCGUCUCCAGGCCCGUGACGAGAUUGCUGGUUCCCGGCCCAGACGUGACGAGACAGACGCCCGGACGAUCCGUCAGUCGACCGACGGCCGCGGCAGACGACGAGCGGACGCAAGGGUGGUCCUGCAGCACGUCGAAGAUGCCGUCCACCUUGGCCCCGGGAUGCCGAAGACGAGCGAGACGCCGGCGUUGUGCAGGCUGUCCACGAUCACGCUGGCAGGAGGUCAGCAAGGUGGAUGA